UGACUUCGAUUGGGGAUGUGCUGCCGUGGAGAUAGAAACAGGGAGCGAUUGGUACCCCAUAGUGUGAACGAUCGUUUGAAAUUCCGCAUUCUUGCGUUCGGUCCUGAAGUGGCAACAGUGCAGGGUUUGGGCCAGGCCUCUGCCAGUUGUUGUUGUAGCGUGCUGCGGGAGUGCCUCCUCUGCCCUUCUCAGGUUUCUGUUGAUUUUCCCCCACCCCCACAGGUGCUGGGCUCGCCAGGCAACAACCUCCACGAGGUGGAGACGGCGCAGGGGGAUCGCUUCCUCGCCAGCAUGCCCACCAAGUUCCGCAAGAACAUCUGGAUCAAGAGGGGCGACUUCCUCAUCGUGGAUCCCAUCCAGGAAGGCGAAAAGGUGAAGGCGGAAAUUAACUCGAUCCUGUACAAGGAGCACAUCAAACAGCUCAGGAAGGACGGCCUUUGGUAGGACGAUGAGCUGGAGUGGCGAGGCCAGAGGGUGAUGCCUGUUUCUGGGGAUGCGGGUGACGAGCCUGGCAUUCCCUGCGAGCCCUGGGCUAAUGCUCCGGGAAUGCUGGGUCCGAAUCACGCCAGGCAGCUGGUGAGAUCGGAAUCUGGCAAACAGAAAUGUCGGAAGAAAAAAAUAUCCAGUGCUGACACCUGCCCACUCUUACUGUCAAAUCAUAGCGUGUUACUCAUGACUGAAGGAGAUCUGCUCUCCUUACCCGGUCUGGCUGGCCUCUGAUCCAGUGCCACAGCAAUGAGGUUAAUUCUUAAUUGCCUCCUCAUAAUAAUUCAAGAGCAAAUACAUUCGGUCCUGAGGGAGCACCGUGCUGUCGGAGGGUCAGCGCAGGGUGGGCGCCGCGGGAGCACCGCGCUAUCAGAGGGUCAGCGCAGGGUGGGCGCCGCGGGAGCACCGCGCUGUCGGGACCUGCAUGGCCUUGAGGGGUGACUGUCAGUUAGGGACCAGACUCUAACCCAUCUUCC